UCUCGCAAUAGAACCCCCCCUUUUAACCCUAACCCUUUGUGCAUUCGUUACUCUUAGCCUUUCCUCCAACAUAUUUUAUUCUUGUUGCCCCCCACCAUCUUUCCUCAAGUUAUUUGCCCCCAAUUCUUUGUCCUUCCCUUUAACCUAUCCUCUUCACCCCCGAUUGUUUUAAUCACACCUACAGCUACCCAGCCCAGCGAGAUCGAGCAGGAAAAGCCAAUCCAACCCUCUUAUCCUACCUGGACGGAUGCUUUUUGUGAACCCGGCCACCCCGUUGCCCUCGCAGAUAUGGUGAAUAGGAACUUGCCAGCGUACAAACCGAUCGAGAUUACUUUUCUCAGCGAGCAGAAGGUGUGUUUGAUUCCAUGUCAUUUCCAAAGUUCCGUCCCAGUUUUGUAUCCGGGGGGAAGAGGGAAAUUGGCUGACGGGAUUGCCCAUUGCAGACGUAUGUCUGACGAAAUUCCAUCUCGGACCGAUGACCCACUGACAGCUUUGAUCUUUUAGUGACCUGGGAGAAGUGUCGUUCUGGCGCAAUAACCUUGUGAGAUUCCCGCCGCCCAGCUCGGGUGUCUCUGGGUUUGGAGGCUGAUUGCCCAUUUUAGGUUGCGGCUUCAAAACGCCAUAACCAUUUAUACAUUGCCCUUAAGUCGUCAAUUCGUGUCUACAGCCCGGCCUACCCGAACCAGAUCAUCUCGCCCAAUAUCCCCUAUAUAACCCUCACUUCUAGCUCUACCCCGACCGGACCCGGGUACAUCGACCCUGCAGAACCUCAUGCGAUCAACUCGCUCACGGUUGGGGACCUUGGGUUCGAGGAGGUUCUUGUGAGCGCACACGACGAUGGUGACGUCUGCGUAUGGUACACAAGGGACCUGAGCAAAUUGGCCUUUCGAUUGUCGGUGGGGGAGAGCGCUUGGGGCGUUGCGUUGCAUAAAGAGCGGAGAUUGGUGGCUGUCAGCGCGAACAAUCAUUUAAUCCAUGUCUUUGAAUUGGCGAUAACGGACGAUGGGGAUUGCCCAUGUCCGGGAGAGGGUACGGAUUCUGGGCUCGCUCAUAAGCAUCGAAGGAGGAGAAGGAGGAAGCGCGGUUCGUUUGGAUAUGAUGGGGGCGGUGGCUUUGAGGGGAGGUGCGAUCUGAAUGGGAAGCCUCUCCCCGGCAAUGAUGACGCGAGUAAGAAACGUCGAAAGAAGACGUCAAUGAAAAAUAAAACCACCACGAUACUGAAGGGCCAUGGAUGCAAUAUACCUAACGUGUCCUUUCUUGACGAUCCUACGGGAAGAUGGCUUAUGGGCACCUCGAUUGAUGGGAUGGCAAUACUUUGGGAUGUUAGGACCGAGCGCCCGGUUGAGAAAUGCAGACUCGGAGUGGACAAGUAAGCAUAACCUACCACAUGAAUAGUAUAAGUGGAUCAAUGGCUGAGCGUGAUACAGUCGUGGUUGGUCUGUCCUCUUCUUAAAGCCCCAAGCCUUUAAGCCCGUCUCCAAUAUCUACGAAGCACUGGGGAAGCCCGUCCCCGAGGAAUCCCAAGCAUCCCUGGAGGGUCCUUCGAGAAUAUCCCUUAAUGCCACAGGCAUUAAAACAAUAUCCACGGACUAUUACGACCCGGUGCCCGGCUCACAGGCUCAAUUGGGCAGGACGGCUAGAGCAUGGGACAUUUCCCCAAACCCCGGAGCCCACAUACCGGGCUCUUCACCGACUGACGACCUCUUGUACAGGCCCGCCAUGGCUGACGCUGGCUAUGACGAGGAUCAAUACUCGGAAGAGGAGGAGGAUGAAGACGGCGGCUGGAGUGAAGGGAGUGCAGAGGGAGAGGUUGAAGUCUUCUUUGGCUCCGGGGGCGCUCCAGUUGAGCUUGUUACCACCGGUAGUUCCGAGAGUGGGAGCAGCUACUACACCUUUACCGAUGCUAGUUCCGACGACGGCAGCGGACAUCAUUCCUAUCAAGGCUCGGACGCGGUCCAUAACCCCCGCUCUUCCUUAAGCCUCUAUGCCCCGGCCCAAUUCGUAGGGCUCGUCCAAGGCUCCGACUCCCCACCCCCCUCCUCUUCAUCUUCACCCUCUCACUCCAUCCAAUCCUCAACAAGCGCAACCACGAGCCCAACAAAGCGCACCCGUCCCUCUUCCGGGUACCUUUCCAGAUCCCACAACUACUCCACCUCCUCCAACUCUGGCUACACCUCCUCAGCCUCCUCCUCCAACUACGCCUCCACGGACACGGACUCGGAGGAAGAAACCCCCGUUCAACCCCCCACAUCCCUGAUAUUUUCCACAACUGACCGCAACGCCCACCUCCUCACCGUCACUUCCUCCCUCUCCCCUAUCGUCCUCUGUCGCUCGCCCUUGCGCACUUCCCUGCCGCGCUCAUCCAACCGGUACCAAUACUCCGCUAACAUCGACCGUCUCAACCUCUGUCACGCCAUACCAGAGCUAUCCCUCGUCAUCGCCGCCUCUCAAAAAGGUCGUAUCGCUGUGUUCAGGCUGACGCGCGUCAGGGAUGAGUAUUGUAUGCGCCUGGACGACAUACUGCCGCGGGCGUCGGAGCCUCCAGGCACCGUCGUUCCUGGCGGGAGCACGGCGCUGUUGGGCGUCGCCGUGGGGCCGAUCCAAGGCAGGGAGGUGGGUAGCUCGGUUCGUAGAAGGCGGGGCGGGUGGAGGGGCAAUGAGCGGCGCCGGAGGUACAGGCUCAUGUGCGUGUUUGUCGACGGGCGGGUACUUAGCUAUGAGAUUGGGCGGGAGGGUGCCCCCGAACUCGCUGUGGAGGGGAGUGGAGGAGGCUUGGGAGUAGGGAUGGGAGUCGGAGGGUUGGGGGGGUUUGUCAUGGUUUAG